CACGACCAGGAUAUUUAGACAUUAUGUGCUAAAGGUGUCCCAUCUUCCCCCACUCUACUAUAUCAAGCUACAGCGGCGAAAUCAUGUUGUUCUUAGCGGAAUGAAAAGGUGUCCCAUCUCCCCCCACCCUACUAUAUAUAAAGUUUGCCGCUAGCGUUGUGGUGUUAAUAUGUCUUAUGCGGAAAGCUUUAUACGCCUUAUUUACCAGAGGAACAGAUCAGUUUUCAAACUUUAUUUUAUUUUUUUUUUAAAGAUUUAUAUAAUUUACCAAACUUGUGAGUAAAACUUCAAAGGAAGAAAUAUGCAUUUAGCGUCGUUUAUGAGUUUCUUGGUAUUGCUACUUGUCAAGUUUAAUUCAGUAACAGGUUUGUCGUGUUCAAGUUCCUUUUUAUCUUGCGCUAGUGGACAAACGUGCUGCUCUGGUAUUUGUAUGAGCUCAUGUUAUAGCGAUAUUAUACGGACGACCUACUCAUUAGGCGUUGGAGCCAUUGUUGGAAUCGCUAUUGGCGGUCUGGUGUUCACAGGCCUGUGCAUUGGGGUGUGUGUGUACUGCUGCUGUGCGUGUGGUCGAGCAGCCAACAGGGGAGCGCCCCAGCCUGCAGCUACGUUUGUCGCGACAGUACCAGCAGCAGGACAGCAAAAUCCUGGUUACAACGCCCAAUACAGCGCCAAUAACCCGCCAGUAUAUGUUGAUCAAAACUCUGCUCUCCCCGGUCAAAAGCCAGGUUAUCUCGGCCAACAGCCUGGCAGUGGCUAGACAACAUUAGUAUUGUCAGAUUAACACUAUACGUACAUAUAGAAGACGCACAAAUCAAUCUAAACAAAUAUUAACACAAUUUGUGCGUUUUUUUAUAACUCUGUUUUUUACUACUGCAUAUUUUCAGAAGUUGAUAAAAUGUUUAAGUUAUACACAACUACAAAAAUAAAACUUUUUAGAAAUUG